CAACAACAGCUGCCCCAACAACAACCACAGAAGCAGCAACAACAGCUGCAGCAACAACAACAACAACAACCACAGAAGCAGCAACAACAACACAGCAAACAACAACCACAGCUGCAGCAACAACAACCACAGAAGCAGCAACAACAACAACACAGCAGCCCCAACAACAACCACAGAAGCAGCAACAACAACCACAGCUGCAGCAACCAACAACAACAACACAGCUGCAGCAAACAACAACCACAGAAGCAAACAAAACCACAGCUGCCCCAACAACAACCACAGCUGCAGCAACAACAACCACAGCUGCAACAACAACAACAACAACCACAGCUGCAGCAACAACAACCACAGAAGCAGCAACAACAACAACAACAGCUGCCCCAACAACAACCACAGAAGCAGCAACAACAACCACAACAGCCCCAACAACAACCACAGAAGCAGCAA